GGCAGGGACAGCUUGCACUAUCCCAGGUUGCUCCAAGCCCUGUCCAACCUGGUCUUGGACACUUCAGGGAUGGGGCAGACAACUUGUGCCAGGGCCUUACCAUCCUUACAAGGAAGAACUUCCUAAUAUCCCACGUGACUCUACCCUCUGGCAGUGGGAAGCCAUUCCCCCUUGUCCUAUCACUUCAGGCCUUGUCACAAGUCCCUCUCCAGCUCUCUUGGAGCUGCUUUAGGCACUGGAAGGGGUUCUAAGGUCUCACAUGAGCCUUCUUUUCUCCAAGCUGAAUACCUCCAGCUCUCCCAGCCUUGUCUCCAAAGCAGAGAGACUCUAGCCUCCUUGAGGGACUCCUCAAGGCCUUCUCUGGACUUGCUCCUGAAAGGGUUAAAAGCAUUGGGCCUAGGCAUACUUGGGCAAGAAUAAGAUAUAUCAUAACCUAUAUAGAAGCUAGCAAAUAUCAAGCCACAAGCUAAAAACACAGGAUGAAACUUGGCAAUAGGGAACAAAACUUGCAUAAAAUGAAGGACAAAGUUUGCUAAAACUAGUGAGGAAAUAACUGAAACAGCUGCCAAGAGACAACACAUGCCUAGAGGAGGAAGGUGAAAAAAUGAAUGGUGAGGAAGACAUCAAGCCUUCAUCAAAGAACCACCAAGGAAAACGCGGAGCCUUUCUCAGUGCAACCACUAGGAUGCACUGCUACUGAUAAUGAUGCCUGCUAAGAAAUAUUUUGCAUAACCACACCUUUUCUAAGGAAAACAAUGUGCAUAAAGUAUAACCAUAUAUUUUAAUUUGCUGUGUGCCUGGGUGUGCACUGUUAGGAGGAGUGAUCCCGGCCCACUGAAUAAAGCAAAUACCCACUUCUUGGACUUUGUCUUGGAAGAGUCUCUUGGCCAGGUUUGGGGUGAUUCACUCCAGCAGCUCCAUGUCCUGAUGUUGGGAGCCACAGAGCUGGAGGCAGUUCUGCAGGUGGGGUCUCAACUGUGCAAGUCACCUGCUGUCAGAUUGAAAGGUGCAUUUUUUUGAAUGCUGGCUGAUGGUCCCUGUGCCUGACACACGAGGUGUCCCGUGCCCUAACUGCUCCUCAUGAGAAGAAUGAUUGCAGAGGGGCUGGAAGGAGGGAAGAGAGAUCAGGAAUGUACUGGAGCACUUUGGUUUUGCCACAACCGGUGGCACCACGGAUGACAACAACAGAAUUGUGAUGGAUUGCAUCCAGAAUCUCACUUUCAAAAUUCUUCAGAGGUAAGGCCUCUCUCACUUCUUGGAUCUGGAAAAAUUAGCCCAGGACAUUUCCAAAACCUCCAAAAAUCAGCCUGUCCUGCUCCACAUCUGUACUUUGCCUCACUUUUCUACACUUUUCCUUACCCAAAGGAAAAACUGCCAAAGAACAGGUCAUAGUUUGUAUUUUUUCCUGGCACAGCACAACUCACCCCACAUCCACCCCAGUGGAACAUCCAGCACUUCUGAAAACAUGGUGUGCGUUUGUGCUGAAAUCCAGCCUUACACUUUGUGUUAUGUUCAACCCCUUCUGGAAAAUGAAGAGCAAGGAUGACAGGUCACAGGAAACACACUUACCCUCUGUAAUUCCUGAUCCUGCUCCAGAUGGUACAUGAAAUCACUUUUCAGAUCCCUGCUUAUUUGCUCCGGAGUAAGCUGGAAGUGCAAGAUAUUAUUUGGAAGCUUUUUGACCCCUCUUCUUAUCUACAUCAUAACUUCAGUAUCAGAUCAGUCACACCAACAUCGUGAUCCCAAAUAUCCAUAGAGGAUCGCUUCCUGUAUAACUCCCUGAAAUCAGUUAUGCCUCUGAGCUGUUUUAUUUCAUUCAUUCCAGCGUAAAACAUUCAUCUCCAAAGAAGCAUCUCAGAAAGACAGAGAACACUGAAAAAGAACGAUUGUGUAAAUUUAAACACUUGGACUGCUUGAGAAACAGUCUAUUCAGCAAGAAACCAAGAAGAUGACGGUUGAGACGAGAGCCCGGUCAAAGGGCGCUGGAGGGCGGAGGGAACGCUCCCGGCACCUCCUGGGUCCCUCCCGGCAGCCUUCUGGCCGCGCGCAGGCGCUUCCGUGUGAUGCUGCUGCGUGCCCGGCGCCGACUGGAGCAGGCGGCCGUGUCCCAGUGCCCGCUUCCCGAUCAUGGCGGAAGUGAAGAAUUACCUGUACGCCUGGUGCGGCAGGAGGAGGGUGAUGCCGGCCUACGAGAUCCGCGCCACCGGCGGCCGCGGCCGGCAGACCUUCCUGUGCGAGGUUCGAGUGGAAGGCUUCAACUAUGUUGGCAUGGGCAACUCUACCAACAAGAAGGAUGCGCAGAGCAAUGCUGCCCGAGACUUCAUCAACUACUUAGUGCGGGUGAAUGAAAUGAAGAAGGAUGAAAUUCCUGCUUUUGGACCAGCAGCAGGUGAUAUCCCCACUGGAGGACAGGAAGCAGCUAGAGAUGUCAUUGGUUCCAGUUCAGCUGUGGGGGGACCUCUUCCUCCACAUUUGCUUUUAAAAAGUGAAGUAGGCAAUGGACCAGGUGCAGCACCUGGAAACUGUGGCAGUUGUGGAGCUCAGUGGGAUCAGGGUGCAGACUUGCAAGAUUAUUAUUCCAGGAAAGAGGAGCAAGAAGCGCAUGAGACCUCAGAGUCAGAAGUGGACUUAAAUGUAGAUCUUCAUGGGGGUUGGACCUUGGAAAAUGCCAAGGCACGUCUGAACCAGUUUUUCCAAAAGGAGAAGAUCCAGGAAGAAUAUAAAUACAUUGAAAUGGGGCCUGAUCACAACAGGAGCUUUAAUGCAGAAAUUGACAUUUAUGUGAAGCAGCUGGGCAGAAGGAUUUUCAGUUGCGAGCACGGAUCAAACAAAAAGCUGGCAGCACAGUCCUGUGCCCUUUCCUUGGUCAGACAGCUCUACCAUCUUGGUGUCAUUGAGCCUUACUCUGGGCAGAUGAAGAAGAAAGGAGAAUCGUUGGAACCCUAUGAGGUGUUGCUGUCUUCUGACUUAGAGAAUCAUCUGCAAAAGACUAUACGGGAACUGUCUCUGCAGAUUGUGCCUUUGCCUGAAGAUCCCAGUAAUCCAGUUCUGAUCAAUGUUGGAAAGUUGGCCCAUUUCGAACCAUCACAAAGACAAAAUCAUAUGGGAGUUGUUCCCUGGUCGCCACCUCAUUCCAACUGGAACCCUUGGACAGGCUGCAAUAUUGAUGAGGGUCCGCUGGCAAAUCUUACUCCGGAGCAAAUAAGCAGGGAUCUGAAAAGUGAUUUCAUGUACCAUCUGGAGCAGGAUCAGGAAUUACAGAGGAUCCAAGAAGUGAGAGAGGCCUUACCUCUGAAGAAUUUUGAAAGUGAGAUUCUGGAUGCAAUCCAUCACAAUUCUGUUGUUGUCAUCCGUGGUGCCACCGGUUGUGGCAAGACUACUCAAGUGCCCCAGUAUAUCCUGGAUGAAUACAUCAGAACCAACCGAGCUGCUGAGUGCAACAUAGUGGUGACACAGCCCCGGAGGAUUAGCGCAAUUUCCGUAGCAGAGCGUGUGUCCUAUGAGAGGGGGGAAGAGCCUGGGCAGAGCUGUGGGUACAGUGUACGGUUUGAGUCUGUGCUCCCUCGGCCACAUGCCAGCAUCAUGUUCUGCACUGUAGGUGUUCUUCUGAGAAAGGUGGAGACUGGUAUCCGUGGCAUUAGUCAUGUUAUUGUUGAUGAGAUCCAUGAGAGAGACAUUAACACUGACUUCCUUUUGGUGGUGCUGAGAGAUGUCAUUCAGGCAUAUCCUGAAAUCAGGGUUGUCCUCAUGUCUGCCACUAUUGAUACCAGUAUGUUUUGUGAAUACUUCUUCAACUGUCCCAUCAUCGAGGUCUAUGGGAGAACCUUUCCUGUCCAAGAUUAUUUUCUGGAAGAUUGUAUUCAAAUGACUCAGUUUGUCCCUCCACCAAAGGAAAAGAGAAAGAAAGAGAAAGAUGAAGAAAGUGGUGAAGAUGACAAUACCAACUGCAACCUUAUUUGCAGUGAUGAAUAUGGCCCAGAAACAAAGCACUCCAUGGCUCAGCUGAACGAGAGAGAAACCUCUUUUGAACUCAUUGAGGCUCUGCUGAUUUAUAUCAGGACUCUGAAUGUCCCAGGAGCUGUCCUGGUUUUCUUGCCUGGCUGGAAUUUAAUCUAUACAAUGCAGAAGCAUCUAGAAAUGAACCCGCGCUUUGGAGGCCAACAGUACAGGAUUUUACCUUUGCAUUCCCAGAUUCCUCUAGAGGAGCAGCGUCGAGUGUUUGAUCCUGUGCCUCCAGGGGUGACCAAAGUUAUUUUAUCUACCAGUAUUGCUGAGACCAGCAUUACCAUCAAUGAUGUGGUCUUUGUUAUUGACUCUUGCAAGCAAAAAGUGAAGCUGUUCACUGCUCACAACAAUAUGACAAACUAUGCUACAGUCUGGGCAUCAAAAACCAAUUUGGAGCAGCGGAAAGGGAGAGCUGGGCGUGUGCGAGCCGGGUUCUGUUUCCAUUUGUGCAGCAGAGCUCGCUUUGAGAGACUUCAGACUCACAUGACGCCUGAAAUGUUUCGAACACCACUUCAUGAAAUUGCUUUGAGCAUCAAACUGCUGCGGCUGGGAGGGAUCAGGCAGUUUUUGGCCAAAGCCAUUGAGCCGCCCCCACUGGACGCAGUGAUUGAAGCGGAACGCAUGCUGAGAGAGCUUGAUGCCCUGGAUUCCAAUGAUGAGUUGACACCUCUUGGAAGAAUCCUGGCCAAACUUCCCAUUGAACCUCGUCUGGGCAAGAUGAUGAUCAUGGGCUGUAUUUUUUACGUAGGAGAUGCUCUAUGUACCAUCUCUGCAGCUACCUGUUUCCCUGAACCUUUCAUCAGUGAAGGCAAACGCCUGGGUUAUGUCCAUAGGAAUUUUGCUGGGACCAGGUAUUCAGAUCAUGUAGCUUUGCUCUCUGUCUUCCAAGCCUGGGAUGAUGCAAGAAUGGGUGGUGAAGAAGCAGAGAAAAGAUUUUGUGAACACAAAAGACUCAGCAUGGCCACUCUUAGAAUGACUUGGGAAGCAAAAGUCCAGCUAAAAGACAUACUUAUUAGUUCUGGCUUUCCAGAAGAAUGUUUGAUGAUUCAGCCGUUUAACAACACUGGCCCUGAUAAUAACCUGGAUGUUGUAAUCUCCCUGCUGGCUUUUGGGGUCUACCCCAAUGUCUGCUACCACAAGGAGAAGAGGAAGAUUCUUACCACCGAGGGGCACAAUGCUCUCAUCCACAAAUCAUCUGUCAACUGCCCUUUCAGCAGCCAGGACAUCAAGUAUCCAUCACCUUUCUUCGUUUUUGGAGAGAAGAUUCGAACACGAGCCAUCUCUGCCAAAACGAUGACCUUGGUGAGCCCACUGCAGCUGCUUCUCUUUGCUUCCAAGAAAGUCCUGUCAGAUGGGGAGAUCAUUCUGGUGGAUGACUGGAUCAAGCUGAAGAUGCCACACUUGGCAGCUGCCUGCAUCACUGCUCUGCGUGCUGCCAUGGAGGCCCUCGUGGUUGAAGUGACCAAAGAUCCUGGGAUCAUCCGGCAGCUGGACCCUGCAUAUGAGAGGAUGCUGAAUGUGAUCCGGCAGCUGUCCCGGCCAGCUGCGGCAGGGAUGGCACUCACAGCUGCCAGCACCAGGUUCGGGGAUGGCCCCCGCCCGCCCAAGAUGGCUCGCUACAAUAAUGGCAGUAACCUUCGAGGCUGGGGAGAUUAUGUGCAUGGCUCCAGCCACAGGGGCAGAGGCUAUGGUGGCAACUCCAGCUGGCACUCCGUGGGAAGAGGAUACCCUGGUGGUCCUGGGGGAGGCUACGGAGGCGGGGGUGGCUACCGAGGAGGAGGAGGAUACCGAGGAGCAGGCAGGGGCUACCGAGGAGCAGGCAGGGGCUACCAAGGAGGCUAUAGGGAUUCGGGCAGGGAUGGGUGGUAGUGAUAGUUCAGUGGAGUCUUUCCACUUAACCGAAGUGUGUUUCCUUCCCAAAUUCCUUUCUUCCUUUUCCCAGUUUGUAUGCCUUUUUUGGUUCCUUAGUACAAUUACAGCUCUGUAAUAUAUCGCGCCCUUAGGGAAUUUCCUGCAAGUUGUAUGAUUUUAUUCUAAAUAAAGAGUUUGUUUCUAAAAACUUGCAUGCUA